AUGGCACCCAAACGCCCCAACUUCCUCGUUGUCGUAGCCGACGACCUGGGCUACUCAGACAUCGGCUGCUAUGGCGGCGAGAUCCGCACCCCGAAUCUGAACCGCUUGGCGGAGGAGGGUGUGCGGUUUACCGACUUCCAUGCCGCAGCAGCGUGCUCCCCCACCCGCGCCAUGAUCAUGACGGGAACGGACCACCACAUAGCGGGCCUCGGCAACCUAAUCGAGUGGACCAACAUCACCGGCCAGAACGGGCCCAAGGGGUCGCAGAUGUCCACCGCCCCGCAACGCGGGAUGCCGGGCUACGAAGGCUAUCUCAACGAACGGGUGGUCGCGCUGCCUGAGCUGCUCCGCGACGCCGGCUACCACACCCUCAUGGCCGGCAAGUGGCAUCUGGGGCUGACCCCGGACCGCGCCCCCUGUAAGCGGGGCUUCGAGCGGUCGCUGGCGCACCUCCCGGCUUGCUCGAAUCAUUACGCCUUCGAGCCGCAGCUGGCGGGCGCGGAUGAGACGCCGACGUUUCUGGAGGCGAGCUUUAUCGCACUGCAUAUGGAGGACGACCAGUACGUGAAGAAGUUACCGGAGGGGUGGUACUCGUCCGAUGGGUACGGGGACCGGAUGUGUCAAUACCUGCGGGAAUGGCACGAGCGGGAGGAUGAUGGUGAGAAAGGGGAAGAACAGCGGAGGCCGUUCUUCGCUUACUUGCCUUUCACGGCGCCGCAUUGGCCGCUUCAGGCGCCCCGGGAGUAUAUCGAGCAUUAUCGCGGGGUGUACGAUGAGGGGCCGGAUGUGCUGCGGCAGAAGAGACUGGAGAGGCUGAAGGCGUUGGGCAUGAUCCGCGAGGAUGUGGAGGCGCAUCCGGUCGUCGCUGAGGGGGAGGUCAAGCCGUGGGAGGAAUUCACUCCGGAGGAGAAGGUGUUGUCGUGUCGCGCGAUGGAGGUGUUCGCUGCGAUGGUCGAGUGCAUCGAUGCCAAUGUUGGGAAGGUGGUGGAUUACCUGGAGUCCAUCGGCGAGCUCGACAACACCUUCGUCUGCUUCAUGUCGGAUAACGGUGCAGAAGGGGCCGCGUACGAGGCCUACCCGAUGGUGCAGAGUGGCGUGAUGCCGCAUCUGCAGAAGUACUAUGACAACUCUCUGGAGAAUUUGGGGAACUACAACUCAUUCAUCUGGUACGGGCCGCGGUGGGCGCAGGCCGCAACCGCUCCUUCGCGAUUGUACAAAGCCUACACGACGGAAGGUGGCGUGCAUGUGCCCUUCCUGGCACGCUUCCCGGCCUCGGUGCGCGAAGCGGCGGACCACGUCAAGAACGGCAGUAUCACGGAUCAGUUCGCUACGGUCAUGGAUCUGGCCCCGUCGAUCCUGGAGAUGGCGGGCGUGACGCAUCCGGCACCACUCUAUCAGGGGCGGGAGGUCGUGCCGAUGCGAGGGAAGUCGUUCUACCCCUGGGCGACGGGGGAGAGUUCCCGCAUUCAUGAGAAGGAAUUUAUCAAAGGCUGGGAGACAUGUGGCCGGGCGGCAUUGCGGUUCGGGGAUUGGAAGAUCGUCUAUAUCCCGAAGCCGAAGGGCCCGGAGCGAUGGCAGCUGUACAACCUGGUCGAGGACCCUGGCGAGAUCCACGAUCUGGCCGAGGUGCAUCCCGAUCGAUUGAAGCAGCUACUGAAACUGUGGGAUCAGUACGUCAUAGAAACCGGCGUGAUUCCUCUCAAUCCAGAUUUGGGCGAGUUCCUGGAAGCGACAGAGGCGCAGAUGCCGGAGAAUGCGUGGAUGGAGUACGACUACUGGAAGCAGGGGGCCAGAGACGAGCCGGAGAAGUUCAUGAGGCAGCCUCCUCGGUUUCAGCGGGUGGUCAAGCAGUUCUGA